GUUUUAUUGCACAAGAGAUAUGGUCACAUAAAUUUUUCUAGUCUGAGGGAAAUUUUUUCGAAAGCUACCGCCAACAGAGCCACAGAGCUUUUGAAGCUGAUACAUGCAGAUGUAUGAUGCCCGUUUCCCACACAAUCGCUGGCGGGAUCGAUGUAUUUCCUGACAUUUAUUGAUGACAAGUCCAGAAGGAUUUUUGUGUAUUUCUUGCGCAAGAAGGAUGAAGUCCUAUCAAAGUUAAUGGAGUUUAAGAAUCUGGUUGAACGGCAGACAGAUAGAAAGCUGAAAUUUCUUCGCACGGACAACGGGGGAGAAUUCGUCAACAAAGAGUUCGAUGACUUUCUUCGUCAUCAGGGUAUCGGUAGGCAGCUUACCAUAGCUUACACACCACAUCAGAAUGGAGUCGCUGAGAGGGCUAAUAGGACAUUAGUGGAAAUGUCUAAAUGCCUACUCGUGCAGUCAGGAUUAUGCGAAUCCUUAUGGGCUGAGGCUGUUAACACAGCUGUUUACUUACGAAAUCGUUCUCCAACCAGCGCAGUGAAUUGCAUGACACCAAUAGAAUCGUGGACUGGUAAGAAACUAUGUAUAAAUCAUCUAAAGGUAUUUGGUUCUAUUGCAGUUGCUCUGGACAAGCGUCCAUGAAAAGGAAACAAGUUUUAACCAAAAGGCAAGGUGUAUAUAAUGGUUGGGUACUCGGUGGCGGCUAAAGGGUAUCGUCUGUACGAUUCAACUACGCGACUAGUAGUCGAAAAAAGAGAUGUCCUAUUUGACGAAAAUCAUGAUAAAGCUGUUUUUGAUCUUUUUCCGGAGGCUGAUAGGAUUGGUCACGAUUCAAGCGACACUGGUGGAGAUGACAGCUCUAGUGAAAGUUCCGAUCAGGUCCAGAGUGCCUCAGAACCUGACGAAAAAGACAAGGACGAAAAGGACAAGAACGAAAACGAUGAGGAUACAAAGAUUGAGGAAGAAAAAGAUGACAAAAAGGAGAUACGUAUAGGGCCUGGACGGCCGAAGCUCAUCCGGACUGGCAAGCCUGGUCGUCCCAAAAAGCAGUACAACAUCCUAGGUGCUUUAAUGACAAAAGAUGUCCCGAUACCAGCAACAUUUAAAGAGGCUAUGAGCAGUCCGUUUGCAUCCGAAUGGCGUGAUGCUAUGCAAAGGGAAUACGAUUCUCUUUACCAAGAAAUCAGCGUGUGAUCGGAUGCAAAUGGGUAUUUAACGUCAAGCGCGACAAGGAUGGCCAAACAGAACGUUUCAAGGCACGUCUGGUUGCAAAAGGAUGCUCCCAGCAAUACGGCGUUUACUAUCAAGAGACUUCUCUCCAGUUUGCAGGCUAGAGAGUGUGCGUUUUAUAUUAGCCUUAGCAACAGAGCUCGGUCUGUAUCUGCAUCAGAUGGACGUAUGUACAGCGUACUUAAACAGCGACCUUAGUGAGAUGGUAUACAUGAAGCAACCGGAGGAGUAUAUCGAUCAGAGUUUGCUUCUCAAGAGGGCGAUAUACGGAUAAAAGCAGUCAAGAAGGGAAUGGAAUUCCAUGCUUGACAGUACCCUGGUUAAGCUCGGCUUCAUUGCUUGUGAGAACGAAUUAUGUCUUUAAAAGCAGACUGGCAAUGGAAGCCUCUCGCUAAUUCUUGUAUACGUUGAUGACAUCCUGGUAGCCUGUCAGUCAAAAGAGGAUCUGCUCAGAAUCAAAUCGAGUAUCUCGAAGUCGUUCGAAUGCGUGGACAAAGGCUCACUAAACCUUUUCUUGGGCAUGGAGAUAGAGCGUGAGGGAGAGCUAGGAGCAAUUUCCCUGGGACAUUUGCAGUAUAUAAAGGAUCUACUGCAUGCACACGGCAUUGAAAAUUGCAGACAGGCUGCCACACCAGUGAAUGCAGGAUACCAGGUAGCUUGCACUAGCAAUCAGUGCAAAAAGAUUGAUCCAACUCUAUACCAGUCUGCUGAUGGCGAGCUAAUGUGGCUUGCACUUACAACCAGGCCGGACAUUUUGCACUCCCUUUCCAAACUGCCUCAACGGAAUCAGGAUCCACAUACCGAACAUCUGGCCGGUAUCAAGCAUGUAUAAAGGUAUCUGGCAUCAACAGUUGACAUGAAGCUACACUACAUGCAGUGUGGUCAACCCUUUCUUGGAUACGUAGACGCGGAUUGGGCCGGUGACAAAGUCGACAGGAAGUCAUAUACCGGGUACACCUACUUCCUAGCUGGAGGUCCAAUUUCUCGGCGAUCUGAAAAGCAGCGAAGUGUCGCCCUUAGCAGUACCGAAGCGGAGUAUAUGGCGCUAUCAUCAGCUUGCAAGGAGGCCAUUCUGAUGCGCAGACUGAUAAACGAAAUUGGCUGCGCAGACGAGCAGACUCCAAUCAUCCUGUACGGUGACAAUUUGAGUUCCCAAGCUUUGGCCAAGAAUCCAGCUCAUCAUUCCAGAACAAAACAUAUUGAUAUACGCUAUCAUUUUGUAAGACAAGUUGUCAAGGAACGUCAAGUUUUGUUAAAGUAUAAAUGUACUAAUGAAAUGAUUGCUGAUAUUUUGACCAAAAAUCUCCCAAAGAAAAAAUAUGUAGAAUUUACUGAGAUGUUACAUUUAACUUAGAUUUUCAUUUUUGUAAACAUGAAAGCAUUGAGGAAGGGUGUAGAAAAUAAAAUUCGUUUACAGAACUCUGGCAAUGCUGGCAUGUACUUUAGUGUCAUCUCGCUCUU